GGAAAUGUUUAAACUGCUCAAUGAGUUCCAAAGAAUGUUUGUAAACACUUUUUCCGACUUUGCAAAUGUAAAUGAAGCGGCUCAUACUACGCCAUUGUCACUCCCCUCCCCAAAUCAACUCAAUCCAAUCUCCUCUACGAUCCAAGUUUCUUUCCCUCUGCGACUCCGGCGAUCUCUUGGCGGCGAUUCUCUUACUCAACUCAGCAGACCGAUGUUUUCUCCCAUCUGAGCCCAUCAUCUUUGCAUCCCUCCUCCAAGCUUCCACUCGCUCCUUCUCAUUUCCGUUCGGCCUUCAAAUCCAUUCUCAUAUCCUCAAAGCGGGAUUAGACGCCGACCGCUUCAUAGGUAACUCCCUCCUCUCCUUCUAUUUCAAACUUUGCCCCGAUAUUUCGGUCACCCGCAAGGUGUUUGACGUGUUGCCUGUGAAGGAUAUCAUCUCCUGGACCUCCAUGGUCUCCGGCUACGUUCGUGCUGGACUGCCAGUCGAGUCUCUGAAGGUCUUCAUCUCCAUGUCAGAUGUUGGUGUGGAACCAAAUGCAUUCACCCUGUCUUCUGCGGUGAAGGCAAGCUCCGAAAUGGAGAAUCUAGGGUUAGGACAGUGCUUCCAUGGGAAGGUAAUGGUUCGUGGCUUUAGUUCGAACCGAGUUAUCUCUAGUGCGCUGGUAGACAUGUAUGGCAGAAACUGUAGAAUCGAGGAUGCCCGGAAAUUGUUUGUUGAAAUGCCUGAACCAGAUGCCAUCUGCUGGACUUCAGUGAUUUCAACAUUCACACAAAAUGAUAGAUUUGAGGAAGCUCUGGGGUUCUUCCGCGGUAUGUUGCAGAGAAUUACUAGCUUAGUUCCAGAUGAGUUCUUGCUUGGGACUGUUUUGAGUGCAUUGGGUAAUUUAGGGAGAUCAAGGCAAGGCAAGGAAGUUCAUGCAAAGGUCAUAACCAAUGGGCUAAAUGGAAGGGUUGUCGUUGAGAGCAGUAUCAUUGAUAUGUAUGCAAAAUGUGGUAUUGUGGAUGAUUCCCGCCAGGUUUUUGAUAGAAUGGAAAACAAGAAUGCAGUAUCUUGGUGUGCCUUGCUGGGAGGUUACUGCCAAAAUGGUGAUUUUAAGGCUGUGCUCGAUCUUUUCCAGGCAAUGGAUGCAGAUGACAACCAAUAUAGCUUCAGUACUGUGCUCAGGGCUUGUGCUGGCUUAUCAGCAGUGAUGCAAGGGAAGGAACUCCAUUGUCACUUUCUCCGAAUUAAGGGAGGCAGAAAUGUGGUGAUCGAGUCAGCACUAGUCGAUCUUUAUGCAAAAUGUGGUCUGGUGAGCUAUGCUCAUCGAGUAUUCUCGAAUGCCAUUACAAAGAAUUUGAUUACUUGGAAUGCAAUGAUCUGUGGUUUUGCACAAAAUGGUCAAGCUGGACAAGCUAUUGAGAUGUUCAAUGAUAUGAUCAAGGGGGGAACAAGGCCAGACUAUGUAACAUUUGUAGCAGUGCUCUUUGCUUGCAGCCACACAGGAAUGGUUGAAGAAGGGAAAAAACAUUUUAGAUCAAUGAAUGAAGAGUAUGGCAUCAGUGCUGGAAUUGAGCACUAUAAUUGCAUGGUUGAUCUUCUAAGUAGAGCUGGAAUGCUUGAAGAAGCUGAAACUUUGGUAUUGGAUUCUGCUUAUAGAGAUGAUUCAUCGCUAUGGGCAGCUCUUCUUGGUGCUUGUGCCACCCAUCGGAGCCCGGCAUUGGCAGAAAGAGUUGCGAAGAAGAUGAUUGAGCUAGAACCAGGUUAUCACCUAAGCUAUGUUCUUCUUGCAAAUGUUUAUAAGACGAUUGGUAGAUGGAAUGAUGCUUUGGAAAUUCGAAUGUUGAUGAGAAAGAGGAGGGUGAGGAAGGAAGCUGGGAGGAGCUGGAUUGGGGCUCAGAAUAGUAGCUUACAUAGUCAGAGGUCUGUUAAUUCUUUCCAUUGUGCUAGUGUGGAGUUUAAAGAAUUGGCUGCAUGAAUGGAAGGCUGGAAGCUGUUCCUUGUCUUCAACAUUUGGAAGGAGUUUAGGAGCUAUUGAUGCAGCAGCACAGUUGGAGCUGAAGUCUGGCGACAGCUACUGUGAAGGAGGUUACUUAUUUGUUAAAGGCCCAGCAA